AUGCUACGUGCACUAGUGCCGCGUAUGGGGUUGGAGAACCUCGAUAUUCCUCAGGUGCUGCUGUCUUCACAUGGGGAGAGUGAGUUAACACUAGCCUGUUUCCGUUCCCUGGCCUCAUUCACACCUCCCCGCGCCUUCCCUUUCAAAAGUCUCAAAGAAGCUGGCAUCGGACCUCGCACGCGCGACAAGGCUCGCCCUACCCCGCAAGGGAUCAGGCCACAGUCACACAAGAAUUCUUUACGUCCCAACGACUCUAAAGCAAAUGAAGCUGAUGCUCAUCGACUAACAGAAAGUAUUUAG